GUGAGCGGGGAGGGGGGCUCCUCUCGUCGCCGCUCCCCGCUCUGAUGGUCCCGGCGGCGUCGGGCGGGUCUUGGGGUCACCAGCAAAAAAACCCGAAUGCCAGAAUGGAUAAUCGUUUCGCCACAGCAUUGGUAAUUGCUUGUGUGCUCAGCCUCAUUUCUACCAUCUAUAUGGCAGCAUCAAUUGGCACAGAUUUCUGGUAUGAAUAUCGAAAUCCAGCACCAGAAAAUUUCAGUGAUUUAAACAAAAUCAGGGAUGAAUUUUUUGACAGUGAUCCUGACGAAAAGUCUUAUAAUGACUUACUUUUCCGGUAUAAUGGCACAGUGGGAUUGUGGAGAAGGUGUAUCACUGUGCCCAACAAAAGCACACCUUGGUAUAGCUCUCCAGAAAAGACAGAGUCAUCUGACUUGAUCACAGAAUGUUUCAGUUUUACACUGUCAGACCAGUUCAUGGAGAAGUAUGUAGAGCCUGGAAACCACAACACUGGGAUUGAUCUACUCCGGACCUAUCUUUGGCGCUGCCAGUUCCUUUUGCCUUUUGUUAGCCUAGGUUUGAUGUGCUUCGGGGCUUUAAUUGGACUUUGUGCUUGUGCCUGCCGGAGUCUGUAUCCAACUAUUGCCACAGGAGUCCUUCAUUUCCUUGCAGGUUUGUGUACGCUUGGCUCAGUAAGUUGCUAUGUUGCUGGUAUUGAACUACUUCAUCAGAAACUGCAGCUGCCUGAGAAUGUGAAGGGUGAAUUUGGUUGGUCCUUCUGCUUGGCCUGUGUCUCAGCCCCCUUGCAGUUCAUGGCUGCUGCCCUCUUCAUCUGGGCAGCCCGUACCAACCGAAAAGAGUACACACUAAUGAAGGCCUAUCGGGUGGCAUAGAUAGGCCGCCGCAUCAAUUACAGUUUGCUGCGCCACAGUAUUUUUUAAUGUCCAUCUUUUUCUCAUAUUUUUCUCUUCCCUCCCCUACCUUUUUUCUCCACUGUGGACACAAUUCCAUUCUGGAUGUUUAUUUACAUUGUUUUCUUACCUUUAACUAUAAAUUUGUGUGGUGGUCUUUGAGAAAUCACACCCUUUGUAUGUCCAAAUAGAUCUGGAUCCAGAAUCCAGAAAAGAGAGAUUAGUGGAUAAAGAGCAUAAAUUUAGGUAAAGAGUAUCUGUCACCUGAGUGAGACUGAUGUAAAGCACAUUUAGCAAGUAACAACUUCUAAGAGACUUCUAAAAGUACCCUAUUUUGUGGUUUUCUAUUUUAAAAGAAGUCUCUUAUGAUUCUCAUAACUGUAGUUUUGCUGUUGUGUAGAGCCUAUCGUCCAUGAAUAUUAGUGCUGUUUUCAAAUGUUAUUUAAACUUUAUGUGAUGGAGAAAAGAUGAAUCAUAUUUGUCUAACCUUUGAAGUGUAUGUAGCUUCAUCUAAGGUGAAAUACAGUAGCUCUUUUAAAUUGCACUGUGCAUAAAGUCUUUGAGCAAGGAUGUGAAAAUAGAUACUUUAGUUGCAGCUGUGUUUAUGGAUCUGUACUAUCAGUACUGAAAGUUAGCUCAAAGAGCAGAGUAUUAACUUCUUACUUCCUUUAAAAUUUCAGUGUCCUGGGUCACUUCCCUCAUGCACAGUCCUACUGAAAGAUAACAGUGCUUUCUAAUAGUGUGUUGGGGUCAGGGAAUUGAAUGCCCCAACUGCCAUCUAAGUCAGUUAAGUACUCUCUCAGAACAUUUAUCCAGAAGAAGGUUAUUUCUCAAGAUCUAAGGCUUUGGCUGCCUAUUAACAACUGUGGUCUUUAUUUCCUGUGAUGGAACGAGGUGCCUUUCCUCACCAGACUUCUUCAUGGACAUCUCAGCAUUGUUUAAUUUCUUCUAAUUCAGUUAUUUUUAUAAAUAUGUGUAUAAACUUUUGAACUUUUAAAAUCUUAUUUAUUUAUUCCAUUUCUGUAGAACAUGGCAGGUUUUUUAAAGAAAAUGUAACAUAGUAAUUUCUUACCACGUCCCAAAUCUGUUGUUUAAAAAAUAAAAUUGGAUCAGAAAAGAAA